CCGCCUGUGAUGGGUGGGGGACCGCCGCCUCCACCUCCUCCGCCACCUGUUAUGGGUGGUGGACCGCCGCCUCCACCUCCUCCGCCACCUGUUAUGGGUGGUGGACCACCGCCUCCACCACCACCCCCUCCUAUGGGAGGGCCCGGAGGCCCUCCACCUCCACCGCCCCCUCCACCCAUGGGAGGUCCACCCCCGCCACCCCCACCACCCGGCAGCCUCCCUCCCGCCCCAGCCGCGCCAGCACCAGCCCCGGCAGCCCCGGGCGACAGCUCCGCCUUCCUGGCCGAGCUCCGGGACCCCAACCGCCGCAAAAAGCUCCGCAAAGUGGCACACACGCCCGCCGCGCGCCCUUCCUCAACCCCUACGGCCGCAACAACCGAAGCCAACGAGGAAAAAGAGAAAGAAGCCCGUAAACUCCAGGAAGAGUCUGAACGGCAGGAGUUGUUCAUCGAGCUGCUCGGGUACAUGGAAGCGCCGAACGGCAACAUCGAAGAGCUCUGCGACAAAGCCAAGACGCAGACGAACCUCGUCCGGAGUUUCGCGUUCACGCUCAUGCGCAAGGGGUGGGUGGUCGGGUACCGCGUCACGGACAACUUACCGGAGGUUGCCGAGAAGGGGAAGAAGGCGACGCCCCGGGUGCCGGUGAAGGUGUGGCUUGGCCGGGAGGUGAUGACGUGUAUUGAGCUUGCGGACCUGACUGAGGCGGAGUUGAUGGCCAAACUGGGCAAGACCACCCCCAACGACUCGGACGACCCCGCGGCCGACGCGAAGGUCAUCGUCAAACGCAAAGGCGAGGUCGGCCGGAUCUACAUGUACCGCCUGGACGAAAAGAGCAAACAGCAUGUGGUGGAUGAGAUUGCGCUUGUGGCGACCAAGACGUUCCCGAAGCGAACGAAGCCGUUCGAUGACCCCGAACCGCCGCAGGACGCGAGCUUGGAGAAUCGGAAUAGGUGGGAGAAGUGGAAUGAGAAGAAACUGGCGUAUUUUCAGAGUGAUUGGCCGCAGUUUGAGUUGAUCUAUAAUAAGUUGGUGAGUGUUUUUUUUUUGGCUUCAUUUUCGUUUGAGGUGGUGAUUGAUGAGGGGGUGGGAUGUCGAUUUUCUGAUUUUUCUGUGAUCUCGCGCGGGCAGAUGGCCACCUCACUGAUAGUGCAAAGCACGCACCACCAACUCCAACAAACGCUCUCCGAGAUGCGCGCCAUGGGCGAAGCCAUGCACACCACCUUCAGCGGCUUCACGGUUCCGCAACUCCGCCGCGUCGUCGAGUCGAUCCCGGGGCGGAUCAAAGACAUUGCCAAGAAGCUGCAGAAGCAGACGGGGAUCAUCAUCCGCGACGAGAGUCUGAAGCUCACGCCCGAGUUCCUGAAGCUCAUGAACAUGAACACGAAUGCUGCCGGGAAGAAGACCAGCCCGGAUUUGAAAGCGGUCGUGCACAACGCCGAUGUGCCGGUGGCGGUCCCGUUACCCCCCGCGGUAGCUGUCGCGGCCGCCGCGGAGACCCAAGUCGCCCACGCUGCAGAAGCUUCCACGCCACCGGAGUCCAUCACCACCCCGGUCUCACCCACUACAGUCACCGCCUCACCCGCCCCCGUCCCACGCAUCAACUCCUCCCCCGCCGUCGUGACACCGACCUCACCGACGACACCGCCCCCGACCCCGUUGACGGAGCCCACGCUUGGCGCCGGCGGGAGCAUGAUCACCCUCGGCGGGGUGCCGUUCGAUGUGCUCCUGCCGCUGCUGAAGAAGAGCUUCAAUGCCAAGGAGUUGAAGGAGGAGAAGUUGGCGAGGAGGUUGACCAUGUAGGGGGGGUUUGUACACACACAAUGGGGGGAUCGAGUGUAGAUAGCCCUGCGAGCAUUUGUAGAUGUAGCAUCUUGUCAUCCCACCUGUAGGUGUACUUAUACUCCCACCCCCCCUAUUCUUCUGCGCCCCGUUUCCGCAUACAGCCACCCCAUCACCAACCCCUGCAAUGUACACGAUCGAUGCCGCUUUAGGUUUACUUGCAACUUUUUGUGCUGUUUUUUUUUUCAGUUUGUCGCCUAACCUUUUGGUGUAUAUACAGAAAAAGAUAUAUGGGGAUCCGGGGGACUGUUCCCCGUAAUUGUUUACAUUCCCGAGAUCGAAAAAGUUGUGGGGGGGAUUUGAAAAUACCAACAAGCACACAUUUGUGAGCUGAGAAGGGAUUUGAGUGUAGC